AUGAACGCGGUGAGUGGGACGGACGCUGCCAUGUCACGGAGACGACGCUUUCGUCCGUUUCGUGUGUGUCCGUGUGUGCUGGUAUCAUCAGGAUAAUAAUUUGGAGAGCUAUGCGAUGGAUGACUUGAAAGAGAUGCUUCAGAUCCCCAAGGGCGACAUCAACCUGCUGGUGCUCGUCGACCGCGCCGACCCUAAGGUGGACGACUCGUCGCACCGAGCCAUCCACGAGAUGGUCGUCUGCCCAGAAGUCACCCCAGAGGUCAACGCCAGAGAGGUAUGCAGGCACAGGCACUCUCACAAACAUACAUACAGACAGACAGACGAGCGUUUAUGGCUUUGCAGUAAUGUGCGGUUCAGGUCAGACAGCAAUUUUCUGAGACCUAUGAGCUGCUGAUGAUCGGCGAUCCGUAUGAGAACGAGAACAGCACCAGCAGGCGCCGCUGGCUGCUCAAGAGAGACUGGGGGGAGGCCAAUAUGGACGAUGGGGAAGUGCUUCGAGUGAGUGGUGUGAUAGCCAUUGUCUCUAUCGAGUGACAAUGGCGGUCUUCUGUGGGUGUGCUUUUGUGUGGUUCUGGUGUUGUGUGCGAGUAGGAGUUUAUCUCCAAUGCGCUGAAGGAUUUUCCCGCUGAGCAUUACGCACUCACUUUUUAGGAUCAUGGCGUCGGCCGGAAAGGGUAACUGAAGCUAAACAUGGAAGCAUGCAUCAACAGACCCUAGAAUGGCAAAUUUGUGUGGGGGUGUUGUUUGCAGGUUUGGUGGCGACUCCCACACGCCUGAACUUGCAGCACUGCUAAACCUCUUCGCUCUGGAGCAGGGCAUUAGGGCAAGCAGAGCCUUGCUGAACCCGAGAAUUGUUUCAGUGUCCUCUUUUGUUGACCACAGAAUGGAGUCAAGGGUGCAGGCAUGCCUGACGACUUCCGCUUCGACCUGCUAUCAUUCGACGCAUGCCUGAUGAGCUCAUAUGAGGUCACGUCUGCGCUGUCGGCGCAGGGACACUACUUUCUCGGUAGUGAACGUAAUUACUCAGUACAAGCGCCCUCUGCUGGCUUGCCUGACAUGCUCUCUUACCGCGUCUUGCAGGAAGUGAGACCAUUAUUAGUGGCGAUGGCUGGCGUUGGCAGUCCUUAAAACCCAACACAACUGGCAGCGAUGGCAAUGCAACCCCGCCGCUCGACUACGCCAGAGGCAUCGCCCUAGCGACGAUGGACUCCUACGUGCGGCAGCAUCGAUUGAUGAAUCUCGCCAUUGUCGACCUGUACAAGCAGCACGAGUUCCGCUAG